AUGCGGAACUGGAGGAUGGACUACUGUCAUGAAAAUCGAUGGUACACAGGUACUCUUCUUUAAAGUUGUACUUUUUCAUUGCGGGCGACAAGAAGAAUCCGUAAUCCUAAUAUCUAGGUUAUUAAUACGCAUGCGUCGCAUGUAUGAAGCCAGCAUCCGUUUGGACUUUCAGUAAGAAUGAAUGGAAUCCAAUUUGAUCACGCGUGUUUAGACCUUCCACACACUCGUAAUCUGAUCACGCGUGUUUUGACCAUGUGUCACGCGAAACUUAUGCAAAGCACAGCCCUAGAGCGAAAGCGUUUUGACCUUCGAUCGUUGUCGCCAGCACGCCGUAACCUUUGGUUAUUACUAUAUACUACGCUUGCGUCGCAUGUAGUUAGCCAGCAUUCGUUUGGAAUUCCACUAAGAAUGUAUGGAAUGCCGUUUCCGAUUUUAACUCCCUCAGUCAGACGAUCAGAGACUCAAGGAAUGUAAAUAGUUUUAAACGUAAUGUUUUUAAGUUUUUAAUCCCGGGAGGAGGGGUACUCCCAUACAUUACCUAUACGGGUAUGUGCCGCCCAACGGGGUCGUGAUUUUGAAGCUCCUGAUUUAGAAUGGGGUAUCCAUUUCAGAGGCGUUUUCUAGAACGGGGUAUAAUAUUUCGAACGCACGAAAGCUCCAGUUUUGUAAGCAGCCAUUUGAAAUUAGUCAAGGACAGAUUGCUUUUAAAAAUACGGUUCAAUGCGUUAACAAGUAAACUGUUGUACUCCUUGCACCCUAGAACGAAGUAUAAAAAAUUGGCCCAUUUCUAGAACGGGUAUCAGUUUUGGGGCGAAUUCUAGAACGGGGUAUCAAUUUUAGGGGAAUUUUUUUUUAGAACGGGGUGCCAAUUUGGAGUCCCAGGCGGCACAUACCCACCCAAAAAAUACCCAAGUGCCCCCCCGGUUUUUAAUAUAGCUACUUACGUUUAAUUUUUACUUAUACUUAUUUUUAAUUUUUUAUGCAUUUUUUGUAUCUUUUUAAUCCCUUUGUAAUUUUAUAGCUUUUUUUGUUUUUAUAAUAUAUAUCUAGUUUUGAGGUCCUUUUUGAAAACCAUAUCUUUUAUGAAAAAGUUUCCUCAAUAAAGAUGAUUAUUAAUAUAAUGCACAGAACUCAAUUUAAUCACGCUCGUUUGGAACUUUCAUCACUCGUAAUCUGAUCACGCGUGUUUUUGAAUAUCGGUUAUAUGAAACUUACGCAAAGCACAGCGCUGGAGCAAAAGCGUUUUGACCUUCGAUUGUUGUGGCCCGUACUCCGUAACCUUUGGCUAACACUAGUUGCUAGAGCCGGAGAAUCUAUAUUAAUUACAGAAAAGCAAUUUUUUUACCCUUUAAUUUCAGCAAACCUUCCACUACAGUGCAAGUUAUUGGAGCACCCAUGCAUCCAAAUAUACCCACAAAAUGGGACGACAGGAUUCGACGACAAGGAAACCAAGUUGGAAACCUACCAUAAAACGAGUUUCACUAAGAUCUGUCUCGGCAUGAAGGUAGAGAGCCAGACCAGAUUUAUCGUCAUUGAGCUCGAGGAGAAGGCCAAUUCGCUGUACGAAUUGAUUGCUGACGAGAUAUACCGACCAACCUACCUGGGACGCGCCAAAUGGAAGAAUCUGGUUGGACCUCAAGCUUCUCUGCAGAACAACUGUGAAAGAGAAGGAUUCAACGCCAAAGGAGACAAGCGUUUUUUUUACCUUUCUAGAGCAAGAAUUGGGAUUAUUGGAAACCGGCAAAAAAACUGCGACAGCCCUGACUCCAGAAUCGGCUUUGGUACUGGAGGGGAAGGAGUACUACCGAGCGUGUGCAGAGAAAACACGUGUGGAAAUGAGGCAAGUAGAUUGUCGUCAGAUAACGGAAAGACGUCCAUCAAGGCCAUGGGGUACAUCUUAGUUCAAUGA